AUGCCGAAUUACCUUUAUGGUUCCAAACAAAAAUCUCCUCGUAAAAACCUGAAACACGUCGACAGUGGUGUGUGUACUAUAUUGACUCACGCAGUAGAAGUGCGGUUUAGAACUUAUCAAAUCCAUCAAGGGACAAACAACAAUGCUUGUGUGCCUAGAAUGGUGCAAAGACAUAUUGAUUGGGUGGGACUUCCUGAAAAAUCUAUUGAAGCACAGGACAGAGCACAAGCAAGAGUCGGCACACGUUUAUAG